GGCAGCAGAGAGUCAGCUCGCAAUCUGCAGAGCAGGGAGCCAGGAAAGAUCGUUGUGUUUCGUGUCUGUCCGCCGUCCAUCGCGCUGUCAUACGCCGUCACCUGCCUAGGAAGAAGCCACCCUUGCCCCGGAUUAAUCCCUUGCAUGCCCCACCUGUGUUGAGGCAGAGAUCCCCGGUGCCCUGUGCAGAACGUGCCAUGAAAGCGGUGAGCCCCGUCCGCCCCCAUACUAGGAAAGCCCCGGUACCGGGUGUGUGUGGGGAGCUGGCCCUGCAUUGUCUGUCUGAUCAUAGCCUGAGUGUGGCUCGUUAUAAGAUGGAAGAAGAGGAGCCCCUGUGUCUGCAGUAUGACAUGAAUGACUGUUACAGCCGGCUCAAGAGGCUGGUGCCCACCAUUCCGCCCAACAAGAAAGUCAGCAAAGUGGAGAUCCUGCAGCAUGUCAUUGACUACAUCCUGGACCUUCAGCUGGCCCUGGACACACACCCUGUACUGCUCAGACAGCAACCCCCAGCCAGGAGCCCGCUAACGGACCUCAAUACAGACCCGGCUGCGUCAGUUGUGAACAAACACGGGGACAGUAUACUGUGUCGCUAGGAUGUCUUUUAAGGUGUGCAGCAGGCAAAUCCAGAGCCAGGAGGAGCACAGAGAGAAAGAGAGAAACAAAUUAGAAAAUAAGGGAGGGGAAAGGAAAAAAAAAAAAAAAACAGUCACCAGACAAAAGAGGGAAAAGCAAUCUACACAUCGCUUCUACACACGAAGAAUAUAGCUGUCCGCCAUUUGUGCACGCUCAUGCCACUUAACACUGUCCUUCUCAUCUUGUAACAACAGACGUGAAUUGUCCUUGCACUGUGGAAGUCCCUGAACUGAUGGAAUAUGGGGGUGAUGGGGGCGGGGGGGUGGGGGGGUGCAGCUUAUAAAAAGCAUACACUAUCCAACGGACAACUGAAAUCUCAAGCUUUACUAAUCUACCAGAGUAUUGUAGAUAUUUUGUCCUUUUUUUUUUUUUUUUUUUACAUCUAUUGUUUAAAAUAGAUGAUUUUAUCGGGCAAGGGAAUUUUCUUCUCCCUGCAGGAAUGUUACAUAUUGUAUAGAGAAUUAAAAAAAAAAAUGAGUGACAUUUCAUACUGUAUAUAUAGAGAUGUUCUAUAAGUGUAAGUGAUAAAAAGUAUAUGCUUUAAUAGACUACUGUAAUUAUGAAGUAUUUUUAAUUAAAUAUUUUCUGUAAAUAGCAAUGUGUGCUUUUUGUUUCAUCCCUGGGGAAAUUGAUUUCUGUCUGUAUAUGGAAAAUAAAUAAUAAUAAUAAUAAAAUAAUAAUUUUAAAUUAUAGAUUAAAAAAGAUGUUAAAAUGGUAAACGACACUAACUUGGAUCUGCUAUUUGGUUGCCUGCAUGAUGGCAUGGAAUGUAUAAGCUAUAGUUAAAAUGGCUUUAGGAGAAUUUGUAAAAGACAGUAUUAUAGUCUUGCUUCAUUUUUACAUUGUUGAAGCUGACUAUAUACUCUGCUUGUUUUCAAAUGAUGAUUGUUUUAUGUGGUUCAGAUGCUGGCUACACAAACAGUAUUUAGUGGGUGUAGCAUCACACUAAGCUAUAUUUGAGUUACAUUAACCAAUGUACACUCUUAGAUUUUUUUUUUUUCCCCACAAAAGUUUGUGUCUCACAGGGAUUUUUCAUAGGCCAGUGAAAGUAUAUUGAGUGUUUUUUUUCUUCUUUUUUGGGGGAAAAAACAGUGUUUAAAAAAAAAAAAAAUCAAAAUAAAUAUCAUUUUUAUAUGCUUUAUACAGAUCAUCUUGACCUUACCUUUCUGCAAACACCUGUUCCAACACCCACUUCAACAAUGUAUGACAGAUUGCACUGUGACACAUGGUAUUCUUGGGGUACUUUAUAAUAAAAUGUAGCAUAGCUCAGAUUAGAGCACACAUACUCUAUAAAUAAUAUCCAAAGGCCUCUGCAAAUAAGCAACAUUUUCUAUCGAUUUAAUCUUCAUUAAAAAAAAAAAAAUGUUUGCAGCAGGUUCUUAAGAUUUUACAUUUUGACAUUUUGAUCUGUCUACAGUUCAGUGUAAAGAGAUGUGACGUGCCCUUUUUGUAUACAUAAUUAGUAAUGGGGAAAAAAUGCCCAGUAAUAUGCAGCCCUGUUCUUCAUCGUCCCAUUAGUCUCUGCUUCCUUGCUCAUUCUUUGGUUUGCAUGUAUUCAAUUAGCUUAUGAAUAUGGCCAAUUAUGGUCAUUUACUACCACUCGUUCAGUUCUAUUUCUACAGAAGCAGUGUCUGGUUUUAAUUCAAGCCAGAAAGUAUAAUCACCCUUGAAAAGGAGAUUUCCCAUAAAUUCUGGUGCUGUCACAUAAUAUUUUAUCUUGAUUUUUUCUUUUUUUUUUAUGAAUAAAAAAAGCAUUUUAGCCUCUCGUACGAGUCGAGUCGGUCAUCUCAGUGGAUUCUGUGCUAAGUAAGCAGAUACUUUAUGCUUGCAACCAAAGGAACUCUUACCUGUUACCUACAACUGUAUCUGUCUAAAUUACCACUUUCUGUUUUUUUGUGGGUAAAGAAAGAACAGUAAACAAAUUGUUAAUAAUGAUAUAAUGUCUAAUUUUAUCACAGUUACUACUGUAAUUUCUCCUAUGUCUUUUUUUACACAUGAGUAUUAAAAGGACAUUUUUAAUGGUCUCAAAA